AUGCCAAAGAGAAUUGACGUAAGUCUUACGUCAUUUGAUUUAUUGGCAAGACUAAAACGAACCUGGGGCGAUGCACAGAGAAUAAUGACCAGCAUCCAUCCGAGUAGAAAGCAAAUACCCAAUUGGAAGAUGUGACGGUCACUCUCAUUAUCGUCCACCUGAAGUAGUAAUGGUGUUACAAAGGGGGAUAGUUGGGUAAUAUUUUUUCUUUUUUUUAUCCAACGUUUUAUCUAACGUUGGAUGAAAAAGGAGGAAUAGAAGGAGGUCUUCGUUUUGUGUUGAAAUUUUCAACAACUUACCGUACCACCCAUUGAAAAUUACGGCCGAAACCAGCGCCUUUCGAUUAUUGUAAUACGUCAAAUUUGGGAAGAGAACGCUCCGCUCGUGCAAGAAUAUCUUUCCAACAUUGCCUCCUCUCUAAAAUCACUUGUGAUUUCUUUGUGGCAAAGAGAACCCGACAGCUGUUUGGUAUCCGAAAACAGCCUCAGAAUGACAUAGACUGAGGCGAGGAUUUAUCGCAAAAUUGAUUAGGACUAAUAAUAGGCACGCGUGGAAAACAUUGUGUGGUACUGUCAACAGAUGCCGAUAUCGACGUGUUCAACAAAAAUGAAGACAUUCGUGUUGAACUUGGGCACUCGCGUACACUUUUCCAACCGAAAGCAAAAGACAAGUGCUUCUCCAUAACCCCCUCAAGAGUCAUGACUGGAACUUUCUGCAGCGGCUCGCUUUCCCCGCCGUUUUUGCGGAUUUUCCCAUCGAAUUGUUUUAUGAAUUUUGGAUUAUCUUCCCAAACCGAAAGUAGGCGAAAGAUGUUUGGGCUACGAAAAACACAAGGGGAGAAUAUAGAAGGAAAAAGCGGAUACUGUAAUUGGAAAACUCUGAUGGCAACACGGCUAAAGGAGACUUUUACUUCCCUUCCUAUUGUCCCACUUUGUGAAUGGGACCAAUUGCUUGUACUAUUAGCAUUUUCACAAAGUGCCUGGACAUUUGUCGCGGUCCGCACCGUGCACAAAAAUCCCCCAUUUUUUUGCACCGUGCACUCACCUUUUUUUUGAUUUUGCACUGUGCAUUUGAAAUAUCGCUGCGGCGUAAGCUUUUCUCAACUGCGCCGCUGCGAUUUUGAUCAAAAAUGCGCACAGUGCAAUCGGCCUUUUUGAGGUUUGCACGGUGCGCAAAGGAAAAAAUCCACAGUGCGUUGGCGACAAAAGUCCAAGAUGCACUGUGCGAAAGCGCAACGAUGUCCAGGCACUUUGUGAAAAUGCUAAUAGGGCCCUCCCCUUAUCCCUGCCCCUUCAAGUCAUACCGACUUUCGACUCCUCAAAUUCGAACGUUCCAAGCCCGUUUCCGGGCUGCGGGGCCCGGUCGCGAAUCCCGCCUAAGACAACGGACCACGCCCGCAAAGAAAUUGGAGGAAAUAAUUGGGAAUGUGUAUGUUUUUCCUCGUCCUCCUCCUUCCACUGACCUACGCGGGCGGAACCGGGACCCGGCCCUUCCCUUUACCCCAAAAGAGAAAUGAAUCCCCCAAUGCCAGUUCUCCGCCGGAUACGAAGACAUGAAUUCCAAAGUCUUAUCGUGUUCAUUCUCCUCCCACGGGAAAUCCCGACAUGUUUACUCGCUCCGGCGCGCUCAACUAGGUAUUGGUCAACCAAAACCGUUCAAAUAGAGUUAACCCAAAUUUGAAACUUACAGGGGAAGUACCCGAAGUGCGAAGAUUUUGAUGAAACUUGGCACAAAUUUAGAAUAAUUUUUUCUAGGAUAUAAGCGAGAAUCCUAGCUCGCGCUUUGCAGAAACUACCGAGAUUUUUAGACCGAAAGUGGGCGAAAAUUUGAGAUUUUUUGCCGAAUUUCGGGACGAAAAGUUUCAUGCCUAUUUCUACCAUAAAGGAUAAUGUUUCCACAAAAAAUAAAUUUUUUCCGCGAAAAACUAGCGAAGUUAUAGCCAAAAAUUGUUUUUCUCUUUGACUGCUCUCCACGUUUAGCGUACUCUCUCGGCGGCAAAAAUCGUUAAAUAUCUCGGCAGCUCCCGCAAAGCGCGAGCUAAAACUUUCAGGAAUUGAUAUUUAGUCCAUACCCGACGUGUAUGAAAAAUUUUUAAAAAUCUGAGCGUCGCACUUGGAGUACUUCCCCUGUCAUAAUUUAAUGUUUUCAGAGCCUAGUCGAGUACUACAAUGGAAAGCCAAUUUCCGCCAAGGCAAAACGAUCCAACUACAAAACACUGCUACACGAAAUCUUCCUGCCCAGUGGAUACCCAAGCAGUGUCACCGAUGACUACUUGGCCUAUCAAUUUUGGGAUACGGUACAAGCAAUGGCUUCCUCAUUGACCGGAGUCUUGUCAACCGCCGCUAUUCUGAAGGGUGCGGGAGUCGGGGAUCAGGUAUGUUAUAACUUACCUGUUAGAUGUUUGUUGAUAUGUUUUGUUCAUGGCUAACACUGUGUCGCUUCAGUCAGCCACUGUUUUGUCGGCUGCGCUCUCAUGGAUCUUGAAGGAUGGGGCUGGAAUGAUUGGACGGAUCAUUUUUGCAUGGAGUUAUGGCACGUUCUUGGACUCGGGUAUGUUCUCCCUUGCUUGUUUUGUGUGUGUCUCAUCGAAAAAAGAAGCUUUAAUUUGUUUAUCAAAACUUAUUGGUUUAAGCCGUUCUGUUUAAAGGAAAGGGGCGGAGUCUGUAAGCGCGGCAAAAGACAAAGAGCUGUUGUAAGAAAACUUGAAGAGAAAUUCUCUUCCAAAUUCUUCGGUCAGGAGAGGAGAGGAACUGAAAAGAUUGCAACAGAUUUUUUUUUCAUUAUGUUGGUAUGAAAAAAAAAAUUUCUUGACGAAUGUGCGAACAGUCUCUUUAUUUUCGUUAACUUGUCGAUGAUCAUUUCCUUUUUGAAUUCUAUUGAUGUCACCCUUUUUAUCAGCUUGAUCCUUCGCCCAUUUCAGACAGCAAGAGAUGGCGGUUAAUGGCCGAUCUCCUGAACGAUGUCUCCUUCUUUGUCGACAUCCUUGCCGGAACGUUUCCUCCGUCUUAUUUCGUAGUCAUCGUGUGUUUGUCCUCGCUGAUGCGCUCGAUUGUAGGUGUGGCCGGAGGUGCCACUCGAAUGGCCAUUAUCAGACAUCAGGUAGGAUCUUUCUUUACUGUUUGAGAUGUGUAUCGAGCGAUACCGUCCUGUAUUGAGUUGAUUUAUAAUCUUGGAAAUUGUUCUUUCAGGCGAGACGAGAAAACUUGGCCGAUGUGGCUGCCAAAGAUGGGUCCCAGGAAACGUUGGUCGGCCUCUUCUCUCUGGUUCUUAGCUUGUUGAUGUUGCCGAUGGUCGAGAACAACAAGGCCUUGGUCUGGAUCUUGUUUGUUUUGUUGACAAUAACCCAUUUGAUCGCUAAUUACAAAGCUGUGUCGGUCCUGGAAUUCGAUGUGUUCAAUGAAAAUCGACUUAAGAUUGUAGCCAAGUAAUACAUUUUCCAGCUAGUUUCUUCGCCCGUUUUGAGUUAUUAAACGACUUGAUUUACAGCGAGUAUGUUGAAUCAGGACGUAUCUUGUCGAUCAAGGAGGCGAAUGCACGUGAAAACACCCACAUCUUCAAGUUCACACGACGAGACCGUUUCUACGGCUGCCCCUUGAGGCAACUUCUGCAAUUCGAUCAAGAUGCUGAUGCUCGAAACGCACAGAAUAAGAUUGUCGGCAAGAUUGGGCAUAACGGAUCCAGUGGUGCUAUCGCUUUUAUGAAGGACGCCACUCCAAACGACAUCAUUUUAGCUGCCUUCCAAUUGGAAUUUGAAAUCAGAAAUUUGUAAGGUUCUUUUUAAUGCGGCUAUUAUGGAAGAUUUUAAGGUAUAGUCUUAUGAUUUCAGGUCCAAAUACGAUCCCAUCGAGUUCCAACAGAAGCUUCAACGUCAAGGAUGGUGCGUUCAUUCGCAUCUCAUCCUUAUGGACGAAUAUUCUUUUACGUGUUAG